UGGCAUUUACCGGCUCAGAGCAGGCGGAGACGCAGAGGGGGAGACAAGGCAGGCGAGUUGGGGAGAGGCACCGCGAUCCGCAUCUGUCGCUUUUCUAAACACGAGGAUUGGACUUUUUAUUUUUAUUUUUUAUUUUUUUUGUUCCUCCACAUUUGAUCCCGUCUAAAAUCAAUGAAGGAGAGACGCUCGUGUCAGAAAUUAUCUCUGAAAUCCGGCAUGGAUCCCAGUCAGAGUGUGAAGUGUAAGAUAGUGGUGGUGGGAGACAGCCAGUGCGGGAAGACUGCCCUGCUUCACGUGUUCGCCAAGGACUGUUUCCCUGAGAGCUACGUCCCCACGGUCUUCGAAAAUUACACAGCCAGUUUCGAAAUCGACACGCAGAGGAUCGAGCUCAGUUUGUGGGACACCUCAGGUUCUCCGUACUACGACAAUGUAAGGCCCCUCUCCUACCCAGACUCUGAUGCCGUCCUCAUCUGUUUCGACAUCAGUCGCCCUGAAACGCUCGACAGCGUACUGAAAAAGUGGAAAGGGGAGAUCCAGGAGUUUUGUCCCAACACUAAGAUGCUGUUGGUUGGAUGCAAGUCAGACUUGCGCACCGACCUGAGCACGCUGGUGGAGCUUUCCAACCACAGACAGACACCAGUCUCUUAUGACCAGGGUUCCAGCAUGGCGAAGCAAAUCUCGGCGCCCUACAUCGAGUGCUCGGCUCAGCAGUCGGAGAACAGCGUCAGAGACAUUUUCCAUGUGGCCACGCUGGCUUGCAUCAAUAAAAACAACAAAAACGUCAAGCGCAGUAAGACCGCCCGCGGCACCAAGAGGAUUUCACACAUGCCCAGUAGGCCCGACCUGGCGGCUGUGGCCACGGACCUCCGGAAGGACAAAGCCAAAAGUUGCUCGGUCAUGUGACUGAUCAGACUGAGGAGGAUUAGACUGAGAAUGAGGACAGAGCACAGUGCAAGCAGGAAGCAAUGGGGCAGCGCUCUUUCCUGCAUGCUAAAGACCCCUUAUUUGUCCGGAAAGGGGUUUUAUAAGCUUCAAUUGAUGUACAUGUUACUGGAAUACUCUGCACCAACGAAAACUCAAUGCGUAGUAGCAUCCCAAUCUAUGUGGCCCCCCGCCCCACCAGACGAGGAAGCUAUCUGUCAGCGAGCUACCUGCUCGGGGAAGUGACCUGCUUCCUUUGGGAGGACAGAGCGGAUGCGGUCGAGGCUUUCCACACCAACAGGAAAUGAGCAGGGGGAGUGAUGUCAUUAGGAUGCUCAUUUGUAAAGGAAGUGUUUAAGAACAUGUGAUCUUUUGAAUGAGAGCCAAAGCCGGUGAUGGGGGGCGGGGGGUUUGCUGCCUGGGACAAAAAGAGGAGCUACUGUUGUUUGUGCUGGAUCAAAGACCUUUUGCUCGGAGGGCUUACACAACAACUCGUCACUGUAGUUGGGAACUGACUCUCACCCUUGCUCCUGUAACUGUUAGUCUGCGUGCAGAGGUGAUUAGAAGAAGAAUUUCUUAGUCCUGCACAAAGGAAACCUGACGCUGUUUGUCCCCUGUCUCUGAUAUGUUGUUGGUAUAAUGUGAAGUCAUUGGUGUGUAACUGCAUUGUUGUUUUAUUUUAGCUUCACCCUAAUGAGUUGCAACCAUGAUCCUAGGAGCUGAAUGAUCCCUCUGAUCACGCCUGAGCUAUUUGAGUUCAUAACUGCACAUUUGUAUCAGUUAGACAGCCAUUCUGUGCCCAUUCAUUUCACCUCAACAGCUCCACAUACAUAAUGCCCCUCAGAAGACAGAUUAUCAUAACUGUUCUCCACAUGACAGCUUUAUGGCGUCCCCUGUAUCAUACUGGAGAGCCAUGAGUAAAACUCUCACAGCUGUAUUCAGCCUCUAGAAUUUGGCCAACGAUUUCUCAAAUCCCGGUGAUGAAUAAAUGUAAUUUGGCCUCUCACCAAUCUGUGACACUGUUUUUGAGAUUAGAACAACAACAAGUUGCGUAACACAAAACCUCUUAAUGGACCCGUAAUGGGCCCAAAAGCUUUAAUUGACCAACACUUGACUAAAUUUGACUAAUUGUGCAAAAUGAGUAUGUCGAAACAGGCCGACAGCCAGCUUGAGCUAUAAAUCAUUUUUCUACUGCACUUUAGGGAGGGAGUGGAAAUGAAAGCAACAAUAAAAUGUUGUUUAUUAGGCUCUGAAAACAUCAAAACUCUCUGCUGAGCAUUUCCCUGAAGUGUUUAGACUCUGGUGUUGUAAUAUUCCGGCAAAACCAGCAUUGAAAACAGUUUAAAUUCACAAUGAAGUCAGUUCUUUCCACCACAUCAGGUCCAAAUUAGCUGAAUUGACAUUUGAGGGAACAGAAAGUCCAAAAUGGUGGAGCCCAUCAUAGCUUAUUAGCUAUGUUGUUUUUGUUGUUAUCGUUGUUGUAUACUUAUUUACUCAGCUCCACAAAAGAGAAAUGAUUUGUAGACAGUUACGAGACAGGAGACGACGCUACUUUUCCGAAUAAACUGAACUCGUCCCGUUAGCGACCAAGCUAAUGAGACUUAUGAAUGAUACUUAGUGAAUUUGCUUGCUCAUAGAGCCCCCUCUUUUCAGUAACUGUUCAUUGUAGACUUGCAACAACCAAUUAAUUGGUUCAUGAACAUAAAAUUAACUACUAAUAGUACAGACAGAGAAAAUUUAAAGAACCUUAGGGAGCUAGUAUUAGCCGGCUGGCUAGCCUGUUAGUGGUUAGCCAGCUGCGACAUUUUACCAAUUAUUAUAUAAAUAAUUUCCCUGUUUCUCUUUCUGGUAUGAGCAGGCUUUAGCUCAAACUGGAUAAUUUUAUUUUUCCUACAUGGUUGGAAAUGUCAGUGUUUUUGGUUUCACGACCCUGACCUGAAAUACGUCAUAAUGUAAACAACAAAUGGGUGUCAGUUUGAAAAUUCGAUUUUUUUUUCUCUAGUCUUGAGAAAGCGUUUUAAAUUUGCUUCUCUAACAACAGUGCAAUUAAGGGGCUGUUUAAAUAUUAAAAGGUAUUGAUGCACUUUUAAUGUAACUUUCAGACUUCCCUGUUAGCUUGUUCAAAUGCCAGAGACGUGUCUCAUUUGGCGGCUCGGUGGCUUAUCGUUGUUUUCUAAUCUGUCGUCACCUCCCAAUGUACAUUAUCAUGUUUUCUUGAAUGUUGAUGUCACCUUCAAAUGUCUUUGCCAAUGUUGUUUGCCGCAAUAUUUAUUGAAUUAUAUAUUUUCCCUUUAGAAUAAAUGCAAAUGGAAUUAAA